CCUUCUCUUACAAAUAGAAUUUGGAGAGCAAUGUUUUAGGGGGAUCGUUUUAAAUUUCCCAUUUUUUUUUUCUUAUGUAAGGCAAAGGGCGGCCUACGACUGGCUCCUACCCAGAUGGAUGUUUUAGUAAUAAUUCCCUUUUCCCCUUCUGUUUCUCCUCUUGUUCAUUAUUCUGGACUUGUGUAAUCACAGCGAGGUGGUGUGAUUUAUGAUCCUGUUGGUUUUUUUUGCUUCAGAGGUUGUCUGUUCGUCUUCACGUGGGUUUUUUUUCAGCGUUCGUGGCAGGCAAGCAGAAAUCUGUGCUCGCCAGCAAGGCGGUCUUGUGGGCUGUGGCUGUUUUUUCUUUCCCCACUUUUCAAAGGAACCCAAAAUGUCUGCGGAAUUAAUGUUUCCACUUAAGAAAGGCGGUUACUACUAAUUUGUUAAAGGUCUCCUUGUGAGGUAGACCGUUUGUGACUGGCCCAUAAUUCCUGUACUGUACUUUGAGCUGUAUUCGGUGAUACUGUGCGUUCAGCCCCAUGCAUGGCCCCUCAGAGGAAUAACGCUGGCUUAUUACAGAAGCAUUGUUCGAAUAUGAUAUAGAGGUAAUAGCUGUACAUCGUUGUGGCUUUUUAAAAUUGCUUCUGAGUAAUCCUGCUUUGUACUGGAAGAAGAGUAUAAUUAGAAUAAAGGAAAACAAGUCCUGAUACCAACUAUGAGCUACAAGAGGAGAUAUUUCGUAGAUCCAUAUGAAUCUCAGCAGCAGAGUUACCAUCAUUUUCUAGAAGGUUCCAUCCAUUACACAAAUGUGGUUAUACAAGACAACUAUGAUGCUUUGGAUCCUGAUAAACCAAUGCAAUGUCCAUAUGACAAAAAUCAUCAAAUUAGAGCUUGUAGGUUCCCUUAUCACCUCGUCAAGUGCCGUAAGAACCAUCCUGACAUUGUGCAGCAGCUGGUCACAUGCCCAUUUAAUGCCCGUCAUCAAGUCCCCAGAGAGGAGAUCAGCCAACAUAUAUCCAGCUGUGAUGACAAAAGACGCGUUGAGCAAGACAUUGCAAGUCAAGUGGAUAACAACAGAAGAGAAAUUAAUGUUGUAAGUACCUGGCAAUCUCCUCCGUGUGAAGAAGACUGGGAUAAAGAUCUAAUGGAUCAGAAAAGCACUGCCUUUGUUUGGGGCACAAGCCGCUAUGUCAUAAACAAUUCCGGAUUAAACAUAGUGGGGACACAUAAGAGCCACCUAGGUUCAGGUCUGCGAGCUCCCAGGUCCUUGCCAUAUGUACUACCAUGGAAGAACAGUGCUGGAAAUUGAAGACAACAGAAACUGUUCCUUCCAGUUGCUAGCAAGUGAUCAUUACCCCACUGUUUUAGAAAGAUUAGAGUGCCAGUCAAGAGACUCAAGACUCAGUUGUGUUCCUGUUUGGGUGUUGGUCCUGUUAAAUCCGCCUUGAAGAUUAAAACUUUUGGCCUAAAUAUGGCAGUUAACAA